AUAGACUGCUGGUCCCUGAUGGCUUUUACUAUAUACUGACACAGUUUAUAAUGGCAUCCAAAGUUGAAAAGACUCAGGCUUUGCAACAGUGUUUUAGCACAGAGUCUCUCAUUUCCAGCCUUGGUUUGGGGAUCUUUUGCCUAGUAGCUGACAGACUUCUCCGGUUUUCGAUAAUUCACCAAAACGAUUGGCUUCGUGCCCUCUCAGAUAACAUAGUACAUGGCGUGAUUGGCAUGUGGUCAUGGGCAGUUGUCACUGGAAUCAAGAAGAAGGCUGACUUUGGAGAAGUUCUCUUAGCUGGGUUUUUAGCCUCUGUUAUUGAUAUCGACCAUUUUUUUCUCGCCCGAUCCCUAUCUUUAAAGGCUGCCCUGACCCUUCCGAGAAGACCUUUCCUGCACUGUUCCACCGUGAUCCCCGUCGCAGUUGUGAGUGUGAAGAUCGCCAUGCACUUGCUCAGGCUCAGAGACUCAUGGUGCUUCCUGCCGUGGAUGUUAUUCAUUUCCUGGGCUUCGCACCAUAUCCGAGAUGGAAUUCGUCAUGGCCUGUGGAUAUGCCCAUUUGGGAAAACUUCUCCUUUGCCCUUCUGGCUUUAUGUGAUAACCACAUUAUCCUUACCACAUAUGUGUUCAUUCCUCAUGUAUUUAACAGGGACCAGGCAAAUGAUGUCUUCAAAACACAGGAUGCGUAUUGAUGUCUGAGGUAGAUGACCAUAUGGCCCUAAGGAUAGGAAAUAAAUAGAUCACAUGAAGGUAAAGAAAGACAGCCAGUGUUCAAGUGAAAUUGUUUUUGUUUCUGUUGAGACAGGGUCUCUCUGUGCAGCCCUGGCUAUUCUAGAACUCCCUCUGAAGAUGAGGCUGGCCUCAAGCUCAGAGACCCACCUGCUUCUGCUGGGAUUAAAGGCCUGCGCCACCACCACCGGGCCUCAAGUGAAAUUUGUAAAGCCCAGUUAGGUACUUUAUUUAGUUUUUAUAAUUCUCGGCCCUCUUGCUCAGGACUCACGCCCAGUGCUUGCCCUUCCCUCUCACGUGUCCAUCUAGUGCAGUAUUGGGUUUGCCCUCAUCUCAUGGAUGCUGCUUUAUCUGACUUACUGGUUUUGUCACGUUAAUAUCGAUUGAAUUGUCUGGAAGUCUCUCUUCAAAACCAAUCCUUUUCCUGAUCAAAAACCUCAAAAUUUAGGGUGACUGGUUUAUAGAAAACUCACAUUAUAUUUGGAUUCACAUUUUCCUGAGAUACCAAAAUAGUGGAGUGGGCAGAAUAAAUCAUACCGUGAUGAGAGGUAUGAUGAGAGCUGACAGUCAUUUCAUAGAUGUUAUGUUGAUCCUGACGGAGGCAAUAAUCUUAAAUGUCUUGUGCACAGUGAUUAUUGGCAAAAAUCUAUCUAAAAUAAUAGUUACUAUUUUAAAUAAUAAAAUCUAAGUUAUGAUUUCAGAAAUCAAUUUAGGAAGUAAUUGUUAUCACAUGUUACCUAUAAUCACAUUCACUGAAACUUAUGAGUGUUGGGGUAGGGAUGGGGACCAGUGUCUUUGCCCAGGAAUCUCGUGUUAGAAUUUUCACUAAUUCAAAAAACAUAACUGAAAGCUUAAAAAAUAUUUAUUAACAAAGAGCAUUGAUAAAAUCAUAUCUGGGUCAUCACUGAACUUAUAUAGAAACAGUUCUGAGUAAUGUCGUCUUUUCAGAUGCGGAUUCCUGGCAGUCACUGACAUCGCAAUAGUUGUGAGGCGGUUACAAGCUAGUCUAAAGGACUGUGUGAAAUGAUUUUCUAAAAAUCUUCUCUGUACUGAGAACUGAAGCGUUGUCAAGGCAAAGUAGUUUUUGGAAAUCUUGCUUUUUCUUUUGGUCUUUCAGAUUCCACUGUCAAAAUGAUUUACCUUUGCUAGAGAAGGAAGUGCAUUGCUGUAAAUUCUACAUUUGCAGUUUGAUACUCCCGUGGUCUACCCAAGAGGCUCCUCUCUGUCUUUGUGGCAUAUGUGAUUCCUGUUUUCUUCAGAUUUGGUGUUACACUUGUGAUUUGUAAUGGUACAACUGUGUGCCUUAUUCUCUGAGGAAAAGUAGACGACUAGGAGCAUGGCGUUUGGAACCAGGCUUCUGGCUUUACAGAGAGUUCUGUACAUUGUUAGAAGGGUUCAUGAUCUUUGGAGAGUAUUUUUCUUAUUGUUAAAUUAAAUUCUUUGCAAUCUGUUACUUUA